AUGCUUGCAUACUUAUCAGAUAUUCAAUAUUGGAUUGAAAUCAGCCAUCCAAUCAUUCAAAUAUUAAAGAAUUACCUUAAUUCAUUUGAUGAAUACCCAGUGGAAAAUUUCCACAGUCUAGUUAGAAGACACACAGAUGCAAAGGCAUUAAUUCCAGAAUGUGGUGCAAUUUUUUUGUUAAGAUUUUUUGACAAUCUUUCAAAAAAUAUUGGAAAGUUUGAAAAAAAAUUGGAAGGUAAAAGAAUCAAAAAGUCUUACUGGUAUUUUCCAGGAAUUCCAAAAGGAUUUGCCAAAGGAGCAUUACCAUUAGGACACCAUUCAAAUCAACAUCCACAUCUUGAUUGUUUCUGUGAUGCAAUCAAAUGUGAAAAUCCUUAUUUAAUUAAUGGACCUGUUAAAUUAUGUAAUGAGUUUGAGCCACCUAUAAAUGAACUAUUACAAGAAGAAUCAAAUCAA